CACAGUAUAGUUUGGAUCCAUAAACCUAUAAACAGAAAUUUUAUCGUUCAGCGCAAAGAAAAAAAAAGGUUAAUUGCUCCACGUAACUCAGCGGCAACGGCAAUGGCAACAUCUUCCAUAGCGGCGGCGCAUCAUCGGCGAACGGUCCCCGUCUCUGAGGACACGGAUUUCGAAACAACGGAGGGCGUGAAGGUGAUUGGAAGCUUUGAGGAGAUGAUAACAAAAGACGAUUUACUCCGCGGAAUCUACCAAUACGGUUUCGAGAAACCGUCACCGAUUCAACAGCGUGCCGUUCUUCCUAUCGUUCAGGGCCGUGACGUCAUCGCUCAGGCUCAAUCUGGUACCGGCAAGACCUCCAUGAUCGCUCUAACUGUUUGCCAGGUUGUUGAUACCUCUGUCAGAGAGUUGCAGGCUUUAAUUGUGUCUCCGACGAGGGAACUGGCAUCACAAACUGAAAAAGUUAUAUUGGCUAUUGGAGAUUUCCUAAAUAUACAAGUGCAUGCUUGCAUUGGAGGCAAAAGUGUGGGAGAAGACAUAAGGAAACUUGAACACGGAGUUCAUGUAGUAUCUGGAACUCCUGGUCGAGUCUGUGACAUGAUCAAAAGGAGAACGUUGCGCACGGGGGCUAUCAAGUUGUUAGUUCUGGAUGAAUCGGAUGAAAUGCUGAGCAGAGGGUUUAAAGAUCAAAUUUAUGAUGUGUACAGAUACCUCCCACCUAAUCUUCAGGUUGUCUUGAUUUCCGCUACUUUACCCCAUGAAGUACUGGAGAUGACAAAUAAGUUCAUGACGGAUCCUGUAAGGAUUCUAGUAAAACGUGAUGAAUUGACCUUAGAGCGCAUUAAGCAAUACUUUGUUGAGGUUGAGAAGGAGGAAUGGAAGUUUGAUACUCUGUGCGAUCUUUAUGAUAGACUUACUAUAGCUCAAGCUGUUAUAUUCUGCAACACUAAGCGAAAGGUUGACUGGUUAACCAAAGAAAUGUGCAACAAUAAUUUCACAGUUUCAUCAAUGCACGGUGACAUGCCUCAGAGAGAAAGAGAUGCAAUUAUGGAGGAAUUCCGUACUGGAACAACCCGUUUAUUAAUAACAACAGAUGUUUGGGCUCGUGGCCUUGAUGUACAGCAGGUUUCUCUGGUUAUUAAUUAUGAUCUUCCAAAUAAUCGAGAGCUGUACAUUCAUCGGAUUGGUCGUUCUGGACGUUUUGGACGAAAGGGUGUUGCAAUCAAUUUUGUGAAGAGCGAUGAUACAAAGAUCUUGAGAGAUAUUGAGCAAUAUUACAGUACUCAGAUUGAUGAUCUUCCAAUGAAUUUUGGUGAUCUUAUAUGAAAGGGCAUGCGGUAUGCUGGUUGGAGUGUGUUUGUCAAAUUUAUGCUGGGAACUAGUGUUUGAUUGUGGUUUGGUUUAACUACUUUUUAUUUUACGAACUUCUUAUAACACUUUGACAUUUGGUCUAUUAUGCGCUCGACUGAACUAGAGAUAAUGUUUUUCCUUGUCGAUAUGACAGAUAAAUUUUUAAAUUUGGCUGAGUUACUUUGUCCAUUGUCUUACAUUUGAUAUUGAUGUCUAAAUUUCCGAUUCAAAUGACACAUCUUGUUUUGAUUUGGUUACUUAUUUCGCUUGCGUAGUUUAUAAUGCAAUGAAAAUGUAACCAAAAGAUGUGAGGAAUAAUAGGCUAUGAUAGAUGUUGUUACUUUUACAAACUCUUGUUAUCACUCAACUUUCAUGGUUAAGGUCCAACUUAGUCUAGUUUUUAGUUUACUGGGUUUCACAAUUAAGCUUUGGAUUGUUUUUUAAUAGAAAACAAUACUCACUGCAACACAAGUUAAUGGCUGCAAUUGAUAAGGAUGGAAAUAGUAAGAUGAUUUCAAUAUUAUAUGUAGUUGUGAAAAUCGAAACAAAGAACACAUGAAAAUGGUUCCUAAAGUUAUUGCUCGGUGACUUAAAAAGCAUCAAACACAAAGUUUAUGGAUUCACUUCAGAUAAACAGAAGGUAUAAUUUAUGUUAUUACAUUUUUUAAUUCUAUUAAGACAAUACCAAUUUUAGUUAUCUUCACAUUAGGGAUUGAUACUGGAAAAAGAAAUAUCAUAGGAUAAAGAUGAAUGAAGUUUGAUGGAAGGCAUUUCAGACCAAAACUAUACUAGGAUGGGAAAGUACAAUGAAUUAAAUGAAAGAAUUUAAUGUAAAGGUUUCGAAGGAUAUGAUGGAUGUACCUCCCGUAUGUUGGAGUAAAUCUCAUUGUAAGAUAGAUACAUAAUGUGACUUGCUAAUUAACAAUAUGUGUGAGGCUGUUAAUAUGAUAGACUUCGAAGAAAAAAAAUAGUAACCAAAAUCGUACAUGGUGGAAGGAAAAAUUUAACGAAGAUGAAGAUGUGAUUUCAAAGUGAAGAGGGAUGAGGGGAAGUGACAUGGAUGAGGGAAGUCAAGAUGAGUGCUAUUAAAAAUUAGGUCUCUUCAAUUUUA